AUGAUAGCACUUGGAAUAGAAGGCUCCGCUAACAAAAUAGGAGUAGGAAUUGUUAAAUCAGAUGGAACAAUAUUAGCAAAUCCAAAAACUACAUUUAUUACACCUCCAGGAACUGGAUUCUUACCAAAUGAAACAGCUGUUCACCAUAGAUCUAAAAUUCUUGAUAUAGUUGAUUAGGCUUUAAAAGAAGCUAAUCUUACUUUUAAAGAUAUUGGUUUGAUUUGCUAUACAAAAGGUCCUGGAAUGGGUCCUCCUUUGAGUAUUGGUGCUAUUGUAAGUAGAACACUUAGUUUAUUGCAUAAUAUACCUUUAAUAGGAGUUAACCACUGUAUUGGGCAUAUAGAAAUGGGUAGAUUGGCAACAGGAAUUACUCAUCCUGCAGUUUUAUAUGUCUCAGGAGGAAAUACUUAAGUUAUUGCUUAUUCUAAUUAAAGAUAUCGUAUCUUCGGAGAAGCUCUAGAUAUAGCUGUAGGUAAUUGCUUAGAUAGAUUUGCUAGAAUUAUCAAUCUCUCAAACGAUCCAGCUCCAGGUUAUAACAUUGAAUAGCUUGCCAAGCAAGGAAAAUAAUUUAUUUAAGUUCCAUACACAGUUAAAGGAAUGGAUAUGAGCUUUUCUGGCAUUUUAAGUUACUUUGAAGAUAUUGUUGCUUAGAAUCCUCAUCUAUAAUAUGAAGAUGGUGUUGUACCUGAAAAAGAUGCAAAAUAAUAAGAUGAAGAUGAUUCUUUAGAUAAUAGAAAGAGAAAGAAAAAUAAAAAAGUUGUUAAUAAAAAGAUUCUUGAUCUUCCAAAGGAUAUUACAAGAGCAGAUUUAUGCUAUUCAUUAUAGGAAACAAUUUUUGCUAUGCUUACAGAAGUUACUGAAAGAGCCAUGGCUCAUUGUAAUUCAAACGAAGUUAUUAUUGUAGGAGGUGUUGGUUGUAAUGUAAGAUUGCAAGAAAUGAUUGGACAAAUGGUCAGUGAAAGAGGAGGAAAAGUAGGAGCAAUGGAUCACAGAUAUUGCAUAGAUAAUGGCGCAAUGAUAGCUUAUGCUGGAAUACUAGAGUAUGAAGCAGGUGGAAGAAUGGAUUUUAAGGAUUCUUAUUUCACUCAAAGAUUCAGAACUGAUGAAGUACUUGUUAGAUGGAGAAAUGACUGA